AUGGUGGCUCCCGAGGGCGCACCUGCGAACGCCGGCCGAGGCGGUGAGGGCUCCAGAGGCCGCAACCGCGGGGGACGAGGCCGAGGAGGCGCAAGCAACAAGAGCGGCGGCGCUCGACGCGGCAGAGGCGGUCACGGUAAUGCUGGACAGCGAGCCGGCGGUGGCAGUGCCGAUUCAAUCCAGAACCCGGCCGCUCAGGACGUCGCGGCACUUGCGGCGAGGGCACAUGCGGCGAACGACGCCGGGCCGGACGGCCAACAGCGGCCCAUCAACGAGGCAGCUGCCGCGACGGCGAACGGCACGGCCGGCGAUGACGAUGACGCCGAAGUGUGCUUCAUCUGCGCGAACCCAGUGGCCCAUCACUCCAUUGCGCCCUGCAACCACACGACCUGCCACAUCUGUGGGCUGCGCAUGAGGGCAUUAUACAAGACCAAGGACUGCGCCCACUGUCGGACACCGGCGCCGUACGUCAUCUUCACCGACGAUGCCGAGAAGCGGUUCGAGGAGUACUCGGACAAGGACAUCACCACCACCGACACCAACAUCGGCAUCAAGUACACCAACGAGGACAUUGUGGGCGACACGGUCCUCCUCCUGCGGUACAACUGCCCCGAUCCGUCCUGCGACUUUGCCGGCCUCGGCUGGCCCGACCUCCAUCGGCACGUCAAGUCGGCCCACCGCAAGCGCAUGUGCGACCUGUGCACGCGCAACAAGAAGGUCUUCACCCACGAGCACGAGCUCUUCUCCGACAAGGAGCUCGAACACCACAUGCGCCACGGCGAUGACAAGCCCGGCGCCGCCGACCAGACGGGCUUCAAGGGCCAUCCGCUCUGCCACUUUUGCGGCGAGCGCUUCUACGACGACGACAAGCUCUACGAGCACUGCCGCAUGAAGCACGAGCGCUGCUUCCUCUGCGACCGCCGCGACUCGCGCCAGCCUCACUACUACCGGGACUACAACGCGCUGGAGGAGCACUUCAAGAAGGACCACUACCUGUGCUCCAACGCCGAGUGCCUCGAGAAGAAGUUUGUCGUCUUCGAGUCUAAUCUGGACUUGCAGGCCCACCAACUGAGCGAGCACGGCGGCAAGACGGCUGGCAGAGACGCCAGAACCGUGGACAUUUCUGCCUUUGAUAUAAGGCAAUCAUAUCAGCAGGAACGGCGAGGAGGUGCCGGCGGCGGCAGGAGCCAGAGGGACGGCGAAGGUCGCGGUAGAGGCAGAGACGGACGGACGGGCGGCGGUCGAGGGCGAGCCCCUAACGAGGACAUGGUCCCGCCGACGUCUGCGCAGCCGUUGCGCCGGGACGAGAUUGCGUUUCAGCGCCAGAUGGCCAUCCACUCGGCUCAAUCUGUGUCGAACCGGACGUUUGGCGGUCAGCUCUCGGCUCCGACGCCCGCACAGGCAGCUGCUUCCUCACGGCAAGCCGCCUCGACGCCGCGAUCAGCGACCCCCAACGCCGCACAGGCCCGUGCCGUCGACGCGAUGGGUUCGCUCAGCAUCACCGACACGUCCAACCUGACGCCAGAGGAGCGGGCCAGUCUCGUCCGCCACAGCGCAGCGGUCGAGCGCGCGGCCAACCUCCUCGGCAACGACGCCAACAAGGUGGCCCAGUUCCGGAACCACGUCUCGUCGUACCGCAAGGGCGGGCUCACGGCGCCGCAGCUCAUCGACGCCUUCUUCACGCUCUUCGCCGACGUGUCGUCCAACGCCCUGGGCACGCUGGUGCGCGAGGUGGCGGACCUGUUCGAGGACAAGACCAAGGCGGACAACCUGCGCACGGCGUGGCAGGACUGGCGCGCCAUCAACGAGGACUACCCCAGCCUGCCGGGUCUGAGCGGCAUGCACGGCGCGACGUCAAGCUCCAGCGGCUGGGCGACUGCCUCGUCCUCCAACCCCGCCGUCCCCAACGCGGCCCCCUCCCAGCAACACUCCACGAGGGUGCUCAGGCUUAAGAACAGCACCCGUCUGGGAGGGCCCGCACCCGUUACCGCCCAGCGGGGGCCUCCAGGCUGGGCCGCACCCCCGACCAACAUCAGGGCGCCCUCUUCGGCUGCGUUUCCCUCGCUGGCCUCCGCAGCUGGCGGUUCGUCUUCCUCAAGCUCAGCCGCCGCCCGCCCCUCGUGGAUCGGGUCCUCGUCUCAACCCGCCUCUGCCUCCUCUUCAUCUCGACCCCUCCGCACGGCAACCGGCUCGCGCGGCGCCACCGGCGGCGAGGCUUUCCCCGCGCUUCCCGCCGCCCCCAAGCCCACGACCACCAUCUUCGGCUACGGGACCGGCCGCGGUGUCCGGCGCGACUACGGCCACGCCGACUCGGGCUUCCAGUGGGGCGGCGGCGGCGGCUCCGGCUCCGGCUCAGGCGCGGCGACGCCCCCCGCUGCCGCAGAGGAGGACGCCGACGACACCGCGGGGGGAGGCAAGGGCAAGCAGGGCGGCAAGAAGGGCAAGAAGGUCCUCGUGCAAUGGGGUUAA